GAACAGUUAAAUAAAUGAGUGCAAAUUCGUGUUUAUCAACACGUUACGCGCUUUUCACUUAUAGUUAAACCAGUGUUACUUUUACUGUCAUGAGGAUGAUACGUGCACAAUUUUCACAUAUAGAUAGUGGUCGUACAUAGUGAGUGAUCAGCUUGAACAAGAAGAACAUGGCAGUUGGGCUGGCUAUUCAAAGUGAAGGUGGGCAAUAUGCUGGCAAGAUUACAGGUUUUGUAGUGUUAUCUUGCAUGAUUGCUGCUACUGGAGGAAUAAUCUUUGGUUAUGAUCUAGGAAUUUCAGGUGGGUUGACCUCAAUGGAAUCAUUUUUGAAGAAAUUCUUCCCAGAAGUUUACAAAAAAAUGAAGGAAGAAACAAAGACAAGCAACUAUUGCAAAUUUGAUAGUCAAUUAUUGACACUUUUCACUUCCUCUCUCCAUAUGGCUGGUCUUAUUGCCUCUUUCUUUGCUUCACCGGUCACCAGGGCCUAUGGCCGGAAGCCAUCAAUUUUGAUUGGUGGAGCUGCAUUGGUAGCUGGUGCUGCCCUUGGUGGAGCUUCGUAUAAUAUUUACAUGCUAUUGCUCGGUCGUGUUUUGCUCGGUAUUGGGCUUGGUUUUACGAAUCAGGCAGUUCCAUUAUACCUCUCAGAAAUGGCAUUGUCCAAAUACAGGGGAGCUUUUAACAUGGGUUUUCAAAUCUGUUUAAAUAUCGGUUUUAUAAUGGCCACGUUUACAAACUAUUGCACUGUUAAAAUCAAAGGAGGUUGGGGUUGGCGAAUUUCGUUAGCAAUGGCUGCAGCCCCGGCUGCGAUUCUGACUACUGGGGCGAUUUUCCUCCCAGAGACACCAAAUAGCCUAAUUGAGCAUGGGGAUGAUCAUGUAAAGGCCAAGAAAAUGCUGCAGAGAAUCCGAGGCGUUGAUGAUGUUCAAGUCGAACUAAACGAUCUCAUACAUGCAAGUUAUGCUUCAAAAUCAGUUAAACACCCGUUUAAGAAUCUUUUGCAGAGAAAAUAUCGGCCUCAACUCGUUAUGUCAAUUGCAAUUCCAUUCUUCAUACAAGCAACGGGAAUUAGUGUGAUCGGGUUCUAUGCUCCAAUACUCUUUCGAACAAUUGGUUUAGCAGAAAGUGUAUCACUGCUGUCAGCAACACUUCUCUCGUUCGUGGGCUUAGGUUCGACUAUUGCAUCAUCUUUGAUGGUCGACAAAAUUGGCAGACGAGAUUUAUUUCACUUGGGCGGGAUUCUAAUGUUUGUUACACAAAUAUUGAUUGGAGCAAUAAUGGCAGCCAAAUUGGGGGAUCAUGGAGAAUUAAGCAAAAGGUUUGGCGUAUUAGUUCUGAUCUUAAUAUGUGUGUACGUUGCUGCAUUUGGUUUGUCAUGGGGACCUCUGGGAUGGGUUGUUACAAGUGAAAUUUUUCCGCUGGAAAUAAGGUCAGCAGCACAGAGUAUUAAUGUGGCUACGAGUCUUCUUUUUACAUUCGUCGUUGCUCAAGGUUUUCUUGCUAUGCUUUGCAAAAUGAAGUCUGGAAUUUUCUUCUUCUUCGGGGGAUGGGUGGCAUUGAUGACCGGAUUCAUCUACAUUUUCCUGCCAGAAACCAAGAAUAUUCCGAUCGAGAAAAUGGAGAAAAUCUGGGUAGAGCAUACUUAUUGGAAAAGAUUUGUUCCUAAUGGUCAACAGUUUGAAAAUAGUAAAAUUGAGUUAGCAUGAUCCUGCUAAUAUAUGCUUUAUAGUGUAUUACACCAGAAGUGCGUCGACUAAUUAAAGAAAUGUGCUUUUGCUUUCCUAUCAUGGAUAAUCAAGGUUACUUCAUUUUCUGAA